CUUGCGGCAGCCUCGGCCCCGGCGGAGAAGGAGGAGGAGCCAGAAGGGAGCGCGGGGGCCGCGGAGCGGAGGCAGGCUAGCCGGCAGGCGGCGAGAGGCGGCUCCACGCGUCAGAUGCUCUUCCAUUCUGUUUCUUUGCAUCGGCGUCCCCUAUAAGGUCUGCUGCAGAGUAAAACAUAAACAUGGCCAAGGUUAUCAAAAUGUUUCACACACUCAGAAAUCACUGGAAGAAGACCACCGCUGGGGCCUGCCUGCUCACCUGGGGAGGAAACUGGCUGUAUGGAAAACACUGCGAUAACCUGCUAAGGAGAGCUGCAUGCCAAGAAGCCCAGGUGUUUGGCAACCAGAUUCUUCCUUCCAGCAUGCAGAUCAAGAAAGCAACAGUGUUUCUCAACCCUGCAGCUUGCAAAGGCAAAGCCAGGAGUCUUUUUGAAAAGAAUGCGGCCCCAAUUCUUCACUUGUCUGGUCUGGAUGUGAUUGUGGUUAAGACAGAUUAUGAAGGGCAAGCGAAGAAGUUGUUGGAGCUGAUGGAAAACACAGACAUGAUAAUCGUUGCAGGAGGUGAUGGAACAUUGCAAGAGGUCAUAACUGGCCUUCUCCGGAGGGUGGAUGAGGCAGCUUUCAGUAAGAUUCCCAUCGGAUUCAUUCCCCUCGGAAAGACCAGCACCUUAAGUCACACGCUUUAUCCAGAGAGUGCAAACCAAGUCCAGCAUAUUACUGAUGCCACGCUGUCCAUACUGAAAGGAGAGACUAUUCCACUUGAUGUUUUGCAGAUUAAGGGGAACAAAGACCAGCCCGUCUUUGCUGUAACUGGUUUAAGAUGGGGGUCUUACAGAGAUGCGGGAGCAAAAGUCAGCAAGUACUGGUAUCUUGGGCCUCUGAAAAUCAAAGCAGCCCACUUCUUUAAUACAUUGAAGGAGUGGCCUCAGAAGCAUCUAGCCUCCCUUUCCUAUUUGGACCCAACUCCAAGGCCUCCUGAGGAGCCGGAGCAAAAGACCCCUAGACCUCCUUUAUACAUCAGGCUUUACAAGAGACUGGCACAUUAUUGGACACCUGUCCCCAAAGAAAUCCCCAAGGAGGUGACCCCGGAGGCCUGGCGAGAAAUGCAGCUGUCUGCUAUUGAAUUCUCUGUCACUACUCAGAACAGACAUCUUGACUUGAAACGCACAGAAGACUUCAUGAAUAUUUGCAUUGAACCAGAUUCAAUCAGUAAAGGAGAAUACAUUAAAAGAGGAAGCCAAAAGAUGGAGGACCCCCACUUGUGCCCAGAAGGAAGCCAGUGCCUUCAGGCUAGCAGGUGUAUCUUGCAGCUUCCAGAGGAUACGGAAGGCUUCUUGGCUGUGGACAGCGAGGAGUACGAAGCGAUGCCAGUGGAAGUGAAGCUGCUGCCCAGGAAACUCCGCUUUUUCUGUGAUGCCAGAAAAAAAGAGCAAAUGCUUCAAGGCGCAUCCUAGCGAAGGCUGCUGCCGCCAGCCAACCAUGUGAACUUCAAAACGAUGCUCUCGGCUCCUGGUUGGCAAGCUGGCGUUUGCAUCUGAUAAGGCCUGCAGGCAUGUCAGGUGCCAAAGAAGACACAUAUGGAAAGGAUCUCUGAAAAGGGGGUUAAAUUGGUUAAGUUUAAAGAACUGCAGCUGGAAAAUUUGCAUGCCUUUCCUUGAGAACAAUGAAAGACUUUGUUUUUUUGCA